CCUCACCAACGGGUUAUGUACAGCAAGAGCAAGAGCAAGAAUGUAAACAAACGCCCCGCGCCCCGUCAAGAAGCCUCAAGGCGACCCUCACUGCUGCCAAGGUGCCCCACAGCCUAACCAGCCCCAUAAAACACCCAAGAAGAAGCCAGAAAUAAAGCCAACCCUUAGAAGACCUGGCGGGCAGCGACUCCCUCACCCCCAACACUGCCUUCCACGCCCUCAAGUGUACCCAUGCACAGUGAGCCACGACCAACCUGCACUGUCGGGGCAUUAGAGGCUGUGACUAAUGGCCUAACCAGCGUCCAAGUCACUGAAGAAGUCAAGUAUGAAGUGUGUCAUUGGAAGCACAAAUGUGAAGGAUUUUGGGAGAGCUGUUCACUCCUUGGCAAAGAUUGGAGAUGAACUGUACAUUGAACCGGGCCAGUCAGGAGUCUCUUGCCGCACGAUCAGCUCAUCGAGGUCUGCGUACUUCUCCUACAACUUUGAGAGCGCCUUCUUCACUCACUACGAUGGUGGCUUGGGGGGGCAGACAGCGGCGGAAGAGGACACACUCAGAUGCAAGGUAGCCAUGAAGGCGGUGUUGAACAUAUUUAAAGGAAUCCACAGCCUUGAAAGAACAGUCCAGCGAUGCAAAUUGGUCCUCAAGUGGGAUGAAGCCAAGCUGAUCAUUCAACUCUCCUGUCACUAUGGGAUUGUCAAGACACACAACAUAGCCUUCAUUGAGUGUGACGCCUUGCAGGCCGUGUACAACAAGGAGUCUUGCCCUAACUCUGUGGUGAGCGAGCCGCGGGUUUUGCUCGAUGCUCUGUCGAGCUUUCACCAACAGACUCUCGAGGAAAUAUCAUUCUGCUUCACGUCACGGAAUCUUGUACUGAAGACCCACAUAGAAGAACCAGAUCCCAGCAAAGUUGUCCACACCCUUGUAACACUAACCUUUGGAGAAUUUGAGGCUUACAACAUCAAGAACAACUGUGAACUGACCGUCUGCCUCAAGGAAAUUAGAGCUCUCCUGACAUUCCUCGGAUCUGUUGGCCUCUCCACCAAAGCUUACUUCUCUGACCCUGGAAG